AGUUUCAGAUAGAAUGAAACUGAACUAAACAUGAGUUCAAUAGCUAUAGAGGAGUUUGAGUUGCUAGGGGACCCUAAGUAUAGGAGUUAUAUGACUCAAGUAGACCGUUGCUUGAGGGGGUUUGAGUCUACAACAGAAUGGGCGGAUCUCAUCGCAGCUUUAACAAAACUUAACAAGGUUUUGUUGGCACAUAUGAAGUAUCCAAUAAUUCCUCGGCGGAUUAUUAUCAGUAAACGACUAGCUCAGUGUAUGCAUCCAGCUCUCCCAGCAGGUGUACACCAGAAAGCCCUGGAGACGUAUGACAUAAUCUUUAAGUGUAUGGGAACCAACAGACUGGCGGCUGAGCUCUUCAUUUACUCUGCAGGUCUGUUCCCACUUCUCUCGAAUGCCGCGAUGAAUGUAAGAUCUAUCCUACUCACUGUUUAUGAGAAUCAUUUUGUUCCACUCGGAGAUCGUCUUCGUCCCGGACUCAACGGGUUCCUCUCAGGUGUACUUCCUGGGUUAGAGGAGGGGUCGGACCAUUAUCAGAGAACCAAUAAUCUCCUUGAGGCUGUAGCAGAGGCUGUUCAACCUCAGGUGUUUUACUCUGGGCUCUGGGAGUGUGUUGCAACAAAUGCUACUAUAAGACUUCCUGCUCUGACCUUUGUGCUGUGUCAUUGUGGUAAAAAAACACGUGGUUUGUCAGCUGCUUCAACCCAGCCCUAUCUACUCGGAGCAGAUCAUGACGUCAUGUGCAGGGCUCUUUGUCUAGCUUUACAGGAUUCCUCUGCUCUGGUUCAAAGAUCUGCGCUAGACCUUCUUCUCCAGGGGUUUCCUCUUCAUCAUCCUCAGUUUGUAAAACAGGAUAUGGUCUGCCUGGUUAGUAGUGUCCUGAGUUCCUUACUCCGAAGAGAUAUGUCAUUGAAUCGUCGUCUUUUCUCCUGGAUUCUUGGAUCAGAGAUCAAUCCUGAUCUGCUUCCAGGAUCCCAUCCUGCCGUGCAGAGAACUGGAAGUGAAGAACUUGCAGAAGAAGUGAAGGACGAAACAUAUUUUUCAAGGUAUGGUCGAGAUCUGGUUGUAUCCGCUGUACUCCGGAUACUAGAGGAGAGUAUACCCAACCGUGCCACUGAUCAACCUUUAGAUACAAAACCAUUCAGAAUAAUCACAUCUCUGCUGGAUAAACCUGAGAUAGGUCCCUUUAUUGUUGAUCAUAUUAUCCUUGAUAUUUUCAGGACCCUGUACCAUAUGUCAGAUACAAAAGCUGAGAAAGGAAAUAUUCGUCAAGAUCUGAUAAAGACUGCCAACCUUCUGUUUUCUCAGCUGGACACCAGCUUUGUGUGGUCUGUCUGCUCAAAACACUUUGAUAUUGCAUGUCAGUCUGCUGCAGGCAACCCACCAAACCUUGAUGUUAUGGUUCUAGGGGUCGGUGAAGGAGAAACAAAUAUAAGAGAGAUGUGUUUUAUCAUUAAUUUCCUUCUAGAAAUAGUCUCCAUUGAAACGUAUAUAGAGACAUCUAGCGAGCAUUUACCUAAACUCUUUCAAAGCAUGGUGCAGAGUGUCCGUCGAAGUAUAAAUUGGUUGGCAGGGAGUGAUCUAAACGAGUGUUUGACCAGUUGUAAGCGUGUGCUGGGCAGAGUACAGCCGGCCUGGAAUGUCUGGGACCUGAAUGAGUCCCUACGAGGACGAACCUCCAGUGAACUGGAUAAAAGUGAUUUAUCCGACGAAGUACUUGAAGCUACGGAGUCAACUACUGCUACUCCUGUCAAGACUAAUGAGACAAAUAACAACCGGUCUUCAGGGCAGCAUAAAGCGUCAAGUCUCCAUGAUCAACUAAUAAAAAAGUGCAACCAGAGUUACACAGAGAUGUUCCAGGAGUUUCUAGAGUUCCGUAUCCUCGAAACUCCUCUCCGAGACUGGAAGGGUAUGGUGGAGUCCUCCAAUACUGUCCUCCUGGAUCAGAACGAGGACCUUAGUAGUAUGCUAAACAGCCUCAUGUCUGGAGGAACACUGGAGAGGAUAGGAAGAGAGUCUGAACCUAAACUUUCUGUCAGUCUUCGAUCUGGCUCAGAACUAUUAACAGAUGCGUUUAGUUCGGCGUGUACAGGUUUAGUUGAACUAUCCUCUAUGCCAAAGUACAACAAGGCUGAUGUUGAGAAUGCCAAUGGUGUUCUGCCCGCCUGGCUUCAGGCCCUGCUUCUGUGUGCAACUAUGCAGAAUGUGGAUGAAUCCAAGAUAUCAGAAUCCAACAUUAGAAUACAGCUGACAGCAGUUGCUACCUUGAUAGAGCUGGCAAGCGUGCUGUCAACCUGUGUAGCAGCUGUCAGCAGACCCCGAUCUGCUGACAAUGUUGAAAGUGUUUUGGUUACAAUGGAUCCUUUGCUGACAACCGAACAUCUUAAUAUUAUUUGCUGGAAAAUAAAUAAUACAUUAAAAAAAAUUUCCCCAUUUAUACCCUUUUCGCAUCGUGAAAGACCCCCAAUGUGGAAUCCCCAGACCGACAUCCGUGAGAGGGUCUCAAUAAUAUUUAAACCAAGGUUGAUCGCCACAAGUCUCUGGAACAAUCUUGGUCUUGUUCCCUCUGUUUAUCAUCUACAGUGUGUCACACUGCUUCACAGAUUACUGGAGCUGGCUCCGCAAGCCUCCGUUGUUGAGAAUGUAGUAGCUGAGAGCCUCCAGGCUUCCAUCUCUGGAUCCUCCGUCAACGUGUUCCGGAGGUUUUCUCAGCUCUGGCAUCUCUCCAGAGAUAUCUCAGGAAGCAGAAAGACUUUAGAUCUCUGCCUGAAUAAGAUGGUUUCAGGUUUAAGAUCGGAUAAGAGCGCUGUUCGGACACUUUGUGAGCGUUGGGUUGAGCAUUCUUUAUCUCGUGGAGAUACUGGUCGUCUUCUUGAACCACUUCUUCUCUCUCUUCUAGACCCGGCCUCUGCUCGUCUCUCUGUCCUCCACGCCAACAUCAAGGAAUCCCGGGCAGCCUCCAAACCUACCCCUCAAUCCUCCCCGAGGCUGCCUCGUGUAUUCGCCAUAUCCUCCUUGGAAAACAAUAUUAUUUAUCAUAUCACAAACUCAAAACCUGAGUGCCCACCCCCCAGGUCUAAGGUCCAAUGCUUAAAUGCUGGUUCUGAAAGUCGAACUACGCUGACCGACAUGAGCCUGUUGAACCCUGAAACCUUGACCAGGUUCCCUUACGCCAAGAUGUCCAUGUGGGUCAACCCAUUCGCCUUGGUUUCAUCAGAAUCAGAGUUCAAUAAGGAUCCAAGUGGAACUCCUGAACCCGCUGAGGAAACCCGUCCCUCCUCUCCAACCCUCUCCGAACCCUAUAGUUUCUCCUCCGAGAGCGGAGCUGGAACCCCGAGGAAAGGGUCGAAUACGCAUCUAAGCUCAGACCACGAGAGCCAGUUUGUGGUCGCAUUCAUUUUAGAUCUAAUACUGGAGAAGGUUGUUUCGGAAGAUCAAUUCCUUCUGAAACUAGAUGAUCUUCAGUUCCCAGAACCUAGUAAACAUACGCGGCAUUCAGGGGUGAACCCAGUUGACAGCUCUGAAGGAGGGGUCGUUGCAGUUCAUCCUCUUCACUCCCACCUGCUAAUGUACUGCAAGUGUAUAGACAGCAGAGCUGUACUACAUACUCUACAGGCUUUGUCCAGUAUUUUAUCCAUUCAUCCUCGUCUUGCAGUCUCCAGCCUUGCUACAACAGGAGUAGCCAGUCCUUCACUUACAAGAUCCGUUCAAUUGGUUCAACUAAUGGCUCGUCAUAAAAGAUCUAUUUUUGGAAAAGGAUUUUCUUCUCCUCUUCCUUCGGACAGUACUUCACAGUAUAGGUCAUCAAUGUUAGUGGAGGUGGUUCUGACUAUCUGCCUGUAUUACCUAAGAUCCUAUUACCCUGGAAUACCUGGAUUGACAAGGGAGGAGGUUUUGGGGAACAGAGAGGUUCAGUUAACAGCGGUAUCUUUACUGAAUAAGAUAACGAGUGAGUUGAUACUGAUAGUGAAGGACAAUGGGAAACCAUUUGCAUUGUUCGUCAGUGAUCUCUUCCAUAGAACUAAACUACAGAAGGUGAUACUUCAUAGUUUACUGUCGGGAUUUAUUGUUAUUGUUAUUAAGUAUGAGGAUACAGACCGACCCCGACUUCCCUACAUAGACUCCAAUGUGAUGAAGUACACCCCGGAGUACCCGUUCUCGGAGCAACCAAUGUUUUUAGCAGCAAUUCUUUCAGCUCUUCGGCAGCAUCAGCUUAGAGAUUUGCAUCAUCAUUGGUCUGGUCUAGUCAUAUCCUGUCUACCUUUUCUAGGAACUGCCCUUACACAGGUCGUUACAAGUGUGUCAGCACAAAUUUGGAACAAUUUGGAAAAUUUAGCUAAUCUGGCAACUAACCGUGAUAUCUACCAAAGUGUACCUAGUGACUAUGUGCUGACCCAACUGGAAGCAUUGGGUCAAAUUCUGUCCUACUGUUUACUAGAAGGAGGACAGGGGGGGCUGUCUAGUGGACCCCAACCCAACCUUUCAGCUUCUCAUCAGAACAGUAUUGUUGCCAACCUUGUUCAUGUGUUUGGGGGUCCGGUCAAUCCAUCAAGACAGCCAGCAAGUAAGGAACAGCUACUUUCAGCAAGACGAAGUUUGUUGUCAAUGACCCCUAGACUGGUCCUGGCUCUGAUAGCGCUUUGGAACUCAGUGAGUAAAAGCUCUGAUCAGAAAAAGACUAAUUGGUUGGUUGGGAGCAGCAAAGCUGUUAAAAAUAUGAUUCUAGAUCUUCUCUCUCCCAUAGCUACAAUUCAUCCAACUUACCUUCUGUCUGCUGUAGCAGUGGCCUGGGCUGAGAAGGGGAUAAACCUAGACCUGAACCGGAAGGUGCUGGUGGAGUUGGUAACAUCAUUACGGAUGUUUCCAACCUCCACAGUAUUAUCAACGAUGAGACUGGUUCUCAAAUCUCCGCCUCCAGUGUCUGGUAAAGGAACCCUGAGUCUUGAAGUUUCAAGUCUACAAUUCCUGUCCUCCUAUCUCUCCUCUACCUCGCCCACUACCCUGGCGGAGUCAUGGAACUCACUCAAGGACUUGUUAAAAGACUGUUUAUCUCUAGCUCCACCCUCCGUAUUCCUCGCUUUAGAAAUCCUUCAUCAAGUUGUUGUGAGCGGUGUGGCUGCUAACCUAGAGAAAAGGGAUUCAAGAGAACUGCAGGAGAUGGCGGGGAAGCUGAUUGAGUGCGUGUCUGGGAUAGCAGGCUCAAGAUUAGAAGCGGGAACCUGGCUUAGAGGAAUCAGAACUGUUAGAACAGAUAUACAGGAUGAGGGGCGGGAGGAUGCUACUAAAUAUGCUGCUCAGGCUCUGACUAUUCUGGGUCAGCACAUGGCAACAAUCCUAGAUAUCAUUUUUCAAUCAGAGGAGAAAGAAAAGGUGUUACCCUUACUAACCGGUGUGAUGUACAACACAGUUCCUUAUCUAAGGAACCAUUCUAAGGUUGGAAUGAGUAUGUUGCGAGGAGGUGCCCAGGUACUAGCAAGCGUAUCCGAGUAUCCAUAUACCCGGAAAUCCUGGAGGAAGGAAGGGAUGGAACUACUCCUAGAUCCAGCAUUCUUCCAGAUGGAUCACGAGUCUUUAAGGUUUUGGAAAACUACGACCGAUAAUUUGAUGACUCAUGAUAAGAUCACAUUUAAGGAACUAUUGUCUCGUAUUGCCAGCCUAGGACAGUCCAACAUCUCCUUGUUCUCUAGUAAAGAGCAGGAACAGGAACAGCGGGCCCUGCUUCUUAAACGUUUAGCUUUUGUUAUCUUCUGCUCAGAUGUUGAUCAGUAUCAGAAGCAGAUGCCGGAUAUAACAGAUCGAUUAUCUGAAUGCCUGCGUACUGUUCCUGUAUCUCCAGCUGUACAAGCAGCUGUUUUUCUUUGUUUCAGAGUCAUUCUUCUGCGCAUGUCAGCGGUACAUGUAACGUUCUUGUGGCCUGUAAUAAUUACUGAGAUGGUUCAAGUAUUCUCCUAUAUUGAGCAGGAACUAAUCUCAGAAUCCCCACAGUUCAGGGAUAAGAAGAGUUCUCACCUGAAGCGUGUUUCAACGAUGGACUCUAGUUGGGUAGCUGCUGCAGCUCCUGGUCUUCAAGCACACAAUUCUCCAGCCUGGCUUGGAGUAUACCUUGCUGUGUGUAAACUACUAGACCAGGCGGUUGCCCUUCCUGCCUCUCUUCUUCCUCAGUUUCAGAUGUAUAGAUGGGCCUUUGUCAGGGAAGGAUCCUGUCCCCAGUCCCAACUUCAGAACGGUCACAGCGAUUCAAACAGUCAACAUGGGUCUCCCAGGGAACAUGGUAAUUCCUCGUCAUCUGACGGUGGUUCCCCGUCUUCCCACGGUGGAACUUCGUUACAUGUUCAGGAUUUUGUUCCACAUAUUGCAAGGAUAGCAAAGCUCAUAGAAAGCAAGGUUGGUAGAGAAAUCCAUCCUCGUCCUGUAGUUGCAGGAGAACCUUUGCUCACAACUAAAUAUAUAGAUUCUCUUGUAGAUCUAGGUCCCUGGUUUAGUACAUUAUCUUAUUCUCCAACAGGUUGUUUCCUAGGUCCCUGGUUUACUACAUUAUCUUAUUCCCUAACAGUUAGUUUCCUAGGUCCCUGGUUUAGUACAUUAUCUUAUUCUCCAACAGGUUGUUUCCCAGGUCCCUGGUUCAGUACAUUAUCUUCAUCUCCAACAGUUUGUUUCCCAGGUCCCUGGUUCAGUACAUUAUCUUAUUCUCCAACAGUUUGUUUCCUAGGUCCCUGGUUCAGUACAUUAUCUUAUUCUCUAACCGGUUGUUUCCCAGGUCCCUGGUUCAGUACAUCAUCUUAUUCUUUAAAGGUUUGUUUCCUAGGUCCCUGGUUUAGUACAUUAUCUUAUUCUCUAACAAGGCAGCAAACUAAGAGUGUACAUGCAAACUCAAUGCAAAGAUCUCCCGUUGGUAUUCUGGAGAGAAUAAUCGAACUAGAUUUCUUGGAGCCUAUUCCUGGAUCAUAA